CCGCUAUAUAUAACGAACAGCUCAUUUCCUAGGGUUUAGUCGCGCCGCAUCAUUUCAGAGCUCUCGCCUUCCUCCUCUCUCGCGGAGACCACCAAACCCUAGGCGCCAUGUCUCUCGUUGCGAACGAGGAUUUUCAGCACAUUCUUCGUGUUCUCAACACCAACGUCGAUGGGAAGCAGAAGAUCAUGUUCGCGCUAACCUCGAUCAAAGGUAUCGGCCGGCGAUUCGCCAACAUCGUCUGCAAGAAAGCCGACGUCGACAUGAACAAAAGAGCUGGGGAGCUCUCUGCUGCAGAGCUUGAAAAUCUGAUGACAAUUGUGGCUAACCCCCGCCAGUUCAAGAUUCCAGACUGGUUUCUGAACAGAAAGAAGGAUUACAAGGAUGGUAGGUACUCUCAGGUUGUUUCUAAUGCAUUGGACAUGAAGCUCAGGGAUGACCUGGAACGCUUGAAGAAGAUCAGGAACCACCGUGGACUGAGGCACUACUGGGGCCUCCGAGUCAGAGGACAGCACACUAAGACCACUGGCAGGCGAGGAAAGACUGUUGGUGUCUCUAAGAAGCGUUGAACUCUUGAGCUGCAUCUGGUUGUAUUUUCCUACUGUUGGAAGUUCAUUUAGAUACUAUGUUUAGCUCGACUUAUUUGUGAGGGUAAUAUCUAGUUUUUUGGCGACAAUUUUGGUUAUCUGUUGAACUGUUUGGAAGCUAUUUCCCCUUGAUUGGUACUUUGUAUGGAAUGGUUUCUUCAGCUUGAGUUCAUAUAUGCGAAGUUAAUUUGCUUUUAAGCUGCUA